AUGUUUUGGAUUUUGCGCCGCACCGGAGCGGCAAAUUUGUUCAAUUCAUUGAACAACAAUUGCAGCAACAGCAACAGUAGGAACGCCUACAACAACUUGAAUAAUGCACAGGGAGCAGCUGCAGGAAAAUGCGGGAAACGCCCGCCACGCAAGGCGUACGGUCGCCUCAGUGCUGACAUGGAUGUGGACGAGGACGAGGACGCGGACGCGGAUGUCGUGCCAUUGCAACAUAAAAUCGAUGAUCCAUUUGAUGAUCCCGAUAACUUGAAAGUGAUUGCGAGGCGUGCAAAUGGCAAUGGCGUCUGGGCGCACCCAGCGAAUGCCAAAGACGUUGAAGGCGCACCCCUCGGGACGGCAGCUGCUAGCGAUGGCCAGGGAAAUUUUCUGGCUAACGAUUGCUGUGACCUGAAUGGCUUUGAUGGCGACAAGCGCAUUGGCUUUUUAAAUAGGACGCAGAACGACGUCGGCAGUGCAAAACGUCUUCACAUUCUGGCCCUUUCCGAGUCCGGGCCAGACGUUGACGACGACUAUUACUAUGACGAAUCGCUGGCGUGCAACGUUUGUGACAGAGGCUUUAGCACUCAACGCCAGCUCUCCUCCCAUCAGCAGAAGAAGCGGCAUUUCGGCUGCGACGGCUGUGACAGUUUAUUUCCAUCGCAGAUGCUGCUGGAGCACCACAAGGAGGAGUUCGAGCACUGGAGCGACGACGAGGCAACACGCAGCAUUUGUUGUCGCCGCAAUCGUGAUGAUUACUUCACGGACACGGACUCCUACACGAGUGAGGCGGAGAGCGAGGACCAAGAGCGGCUGCUUUAGUAAGAAAAAAGAAAUAACAAUAUAAAGAUUCAAACAUUAUGCAGACGGUUUAUAAAGCCAAUAGAUGAUA